CUCCCCAACGGUUUCCUGUUGGUGAUGGAGCAUCCGGAGCCGUCUCAGGACCUCUCUCUCUUACUGACGGCGUGGGGGUUCCUGCCGGAGGAGAUGGCGUGGGGGCUGUUCCACCAGGUGCUGCAGGCCGUGUGGCACUGCACCAGCUGCGGCGUCCUGCACCGGGACAUCAAGCCCCAGAACAUCCUCCUCCACCUGGCCACCGGCGAGGCCAAGCUCCUUGACUUUGAAUGUGGCACCUUCCUCCAGGACACGGCCUACACCCAGUUUGCAGGAACACCGUCAUACAACCCGCCAGAGUGGAUCUGCUUCAAACGCUACCGCGGCGAGGCGGCCACAAUCUGGUCCCUGGGCAUCCUGCUCUACCAGAUGGUCUGCGGGAAGCACCCGUUCUGCAGAGGCACCAACACCAUCUGGGACCAGCUCCCGUUCCCACCACGGGUCUCUCGAGGGUGCCAGCACCUUAUCAGGUGGAAGACCUUUUGUGCCAUCCUUGGGUGCAGGGCAUUCACCUGCUCUAGAAGACGGGAGAGAUCCACGUGCUCACUUUGA